AAUCCAAUCCAAUGAGAGCUACGAUAUCGUUUCUGAUUUCUGAAUUGAAUUGAAACACACAGUAACUAAGAAGAAGACACACCCUAAACCUAAAACCCUGCAAAUUGCAGAACGAACCACAAUUUCGUGUUUCUUAGACACUAAUUUGAAGUUGAAAGCAUAAUUCAGUAAUGGCUUCCGUUGACAAUAGAAAGAAAUCACUGGUUCUUGCUCUCUCCAACUACCUUUCAUUGGAUCCUAGUGUUAUUCCAGCUGAUACUUUAGACAGUGAUAUUAAGUCUCUCUACUUAAGCAUUAUUGCGGCGGCGUCUGGACAUGACGAGGUUAAUCAUUCUGAUGAGGUGUUGAAGUGGGUAGCAUUUGCAGAAUCUUUGCCGGUGGCUCUUGAUCAAUGCUUCGAGAAUCUGAAGAAAUUAAAUGAUGAACUUUCUGGAAAGUCUGUGCUUGUUGGCAAUGGAUUGAAACCCUCUGAAGCUGAUGUUAUAGUGUUUUCAGCAAUUCAUUCUUCACUGAUCAGCCUUCCAGAUACAAACAAGGAAAAGUUGCCACAUGUGUUGCGAUGGGUGGACUACAUCCAGCAUAAACAGGGAUUUGUAGGCUUAUUUGAGGAAAUUUUGUUGCAGAAGCCUGAAUUUGAGCCUCCGGUAACAAAAUCUGUUGGUGUUGCGGAAUCUGAUUUAAAACCAAACAAGACUGAGCAAACCAAACCAAACAAGACUGAGCAAAGCAUAAAGAAUGCAAACAAGUCAGAAACAGACACAAGCAAGGAUAAAAGCAAAGCUGAGGGAAAGUCAACAGGAGACACCGAACCUACUAAAGCCAAGGCAAAAGCAGCAAAAGAAGCAAAACCUGCUGGCAAAGAGGCGGCUGCGAAAGAGACUGAACUAAGCGUCAGUUUGCUUAAUAUUCAAGUUGGGCUAAUUCGCAAAGCGUGGAAGCAUCCCUCUGCAGAUAGUUUGCUAGUUGAGGAGAUAGAUGUUGGCGAUGCCAAAUUGCGGCAGGUUGUCAGUGGUUUGGCAAAGUACUGCAAUCCUGAUGAGUUGACGAACCGACGAGUUGCACUUAUUACAAAUGUCAAACCUGGAAAACUACGCGAUGUGACGUCUGAAGGACUGGUCUUGUGUGCUUCAAAUGAAGGUUCCACCAUUGUCGAGCCCUUGCUCCCUCCAGAAGGAGCUAAAAUUGGGGAACGUGUUUCUUUUGCCGGGAUUGAUGGAAAGCCAGAAGAUGUACUUAACCCAAAAAAGAAACAGCUGGAGAAGAUUACACCGAAUCUUUUCACUGAUGACAAUGGCGUGGCCACAUUUAAGGGUAUACCAUUUAUGACUUCUGGUGGACCAUGCACAUCUUCCAUUUCCAGAGCAACUAUAAAGUGAUCAAGAUAUGUCUCAUUCAUUGUUGUUGACCACUCAGAUUGUUAGUACUGUGCCAUUUUAAUUUUAUUAAUGUUUUCAACAAUGUGAUUAAAACGUACAAGUACAACAUUUAUGUUGCAGUUGUUGUUACAUGGUCUUAAAUGCUACAAAUAUGAUCUCGAAUCCAAUGACUUCGAAAAACAUUAAAGGGAUUAAAUGAUAUGGCAUUUUUUUUCUUUCCA